UGUGUGUGUGGUGUGCAUACUCAGUGAGAGAGACACGGGGGGGCGGGGCGACGGCUAAAUGAACGUCAUCGACUGGCGAGUGAUGCGCUAGUCCGUCAGAAACGAUAUGGCCGCAUAUGAAAUGAAUGGCACACGGCCUCUGGCUGACACACAAUCGACUACAUCGGGUCUAAGCCUAAAGGCGAACACUCCACACACAAACCGCUCCCUAUUUACCAUUCUACAAAACAACUAAAUGGCCUAAUGCACCCCUCCCUCCUUCUAGACGGAGCCUGUGGCUUUGUGAGGGCGAUGAUGCGAUCCUUGUGUUCAUCAGAGCUGCGAAAGCCAAUGAUAGUCCGCUACUUUGAUGAGGGAGCCAAUGCAUAUUAUGUCCCAGCUCGACAGAAAAGGUAUCGCAAGUCACAAUGCACUUGCAAGAACUACAGGGCCUCGACAAAUGGCGACAAAAAGCCUGCACUAACAGGUGCACUCGUCGCCUCACGAACUCAGUAAUCUCGGAUGGUCCUUGUCAGGUCGUUACGCGUUCGUCCUCAGUAGGCCGGUCCUCUGUUUCUUCUGUUUCGGCCGCUGUUUGGCAAUCCAGAAGGCAUUCCGUCUCCGAAUCUCAGAGAAAGGCACGAGGGUCUGCGACAGGAGGGUCUGAGACAGGGAACACGGGCGGGAUGAAGCAUUCACGACUGUCGUUUGCUCGAGCAUGAACGGCGUCCGUACUUGCAGUGGCGGGUCGACGGGCAGGGCCAGUGAUGAUAGCACGCCCCUGCCCAGCUGCUCAAGACCAUACAUAAACCCGUUCAGCAGUCCAGGAGGCGGCAACAGCAGCAGGUCCAGAAGAGCCUGCGCACGACAGAAGCCCACUCACUAUAGACGAAAUGGCUCGAGCGCCUCCUUCCUACCCGUCCUUCUUUUGUUUGCCGUUCUGAGUAGAGCUCUGCAGCCUUCCGCAGAUUACCGUCGCACUGACUGACCGCCUGGUCAAAUGCAGCGGCGUCGCUGAAUGCACUAUUUGCACCUAUUGCAAAAAAGGCACAUAGAUUCUGUGGCCCUGUCGCCCCGAUACCCUUCCUGCACGCAUCACCUUGGCCCAACCGCCCGCCAGUGGAGUGUGCGGCAUCACCCAUGAUAAUCACCCGACCCUCCCCGUUGUCCCAGUACGAAUCGCACCUCACGAUCCCUGAAAUGAGCCGCUCCUGGUUGAGGAAUUGCUCACAGGCCGAUAAAGGCGCUUUCCCGAACUGUGGAAAAGCGUCAGCGAUUAUUCGCUGCACUUCUUGUGGUGAUGUUGCAUUGGCGAGGGCAGGUGGCCGUUCUUCGCUCCAACUGACCAGUGUGCUGCAAGCACACAAGUACAGUACAGUGCAGAAGAUGCAGGAGCAAACUUCGUGAAAGGUAAAGCUUACCAGCAUGUGUUGUGAGGGCCUGGAAUAAUGAACAAGCCGAAUCCGGCGCUGAAAGAAGCCAUGGCGUGGAUGGCACUCGGUUCGAGAGCUGCAGGCAAUUGUGACGCGAAUCAAAGUAUAUCAAGAGAACACUGUAUACUCUGGUUGUGUCGGCUGUUUAAACCUGCUGGCCAUGGCACGUGCAUCACUCUUCCCUCCCCACCUGCAUUCCAGAGACACAAACAAUAUAUGCACGUGCAACAGAUGGCUCUACCCCAUACCCAGUAUCUCGACAUCUUCCUUCAUAUGCUGUGGCCAGGCCUCCACCAGCGACGCACGCACAGCGCUUCGGACUCCAUCGCACCCUGUGAGACACGACAUCCACACGGAUGCUGCUGUUAGCUGGCUCACGAGCGACAGCACGAUUGCCACCCGCGAGGAAGUCAUACGGGACCGUCGAGUGUUCCUCCCCGUCUGAACCGCGUAGUAUCACCCUCCGGUUGGCCAAAUCGACCUUGUCGAUUCUCUUGGCAAACAUCAACUUAAGGCGUCCAUCGGCCACGAAUUUCUGCAGUGUAUCGAGGAGAGCACUGCAGAGUAAUCCCCUGCUAAUAAGCAAGGAUGGGGGUGCGCCGCUGCGCUUCUGCCGAAUGUUGAGCUUGAUCCUCGUGCCGAGAUGGACGAAGAACCGAUCGGACUCGACUCCUUGGUCCUUAAUUGCGUCCCAAACUGAUCCAUUAUUGGGUCCACUUAGCGUCGUACGAGCCCUAAUGUUCAGACCCAAGGAGUACUGCCUGGGACCUGAAAAGAGAUGACAGGCACCUUUCACAUGAGUAGCUGCUGCGCUGCCACAUACCGAGGGGCUCUCCUCGUGGAUCGCCCCGGCUCUCGAUGACCUAAACAUGACAAUCAGAAGGUACACGUAUAAAGCCAUCGGGAACAUACCGUGAUGUUGAAUCCUCUUCGAACAAGAAAAUGAGCUAGCGCUAAUCCGCAUGGGCCACCUCCCGCAAUGACGAUUCUGAAGAAGAAUAACGUCAAAUCGAAUCGAUUGUGUGCGUCAUAUAUAUUGUCAUUCUGACCGGCUGCGUAGUGAUGAUGACGCGGGGGAGGGAGAGGUACUGAAGGCACGGACGUCGGCGUGAUAAAUAGUCAAUGACGUGAGGAUGACAAACGGGACGACAAGGGAAGAUUCUAACAU